CGUCCAUGGUUUUUCGCUUGUGCGCAUGCUCGUGUAUACGUGCCGGUUCUCCCCUUCGGCCACGUUUUGCAAGCACCUCUAUCCUCGAGCCACGUCCAUCCGAAGCUUCUCUCCCUCAAAAUCUCGUUCUUCCCCUCUAACAUUAACAUGUAAUACAAAGAAGAACCGAGCGUUGUGCAUCGACUAGAAGAGCCACACAUCAAGAUGGACAAGCUUGUCCUCCAUGGCCGGCGAGCCUCGAUGCUGAAGCUAUCCAUUGCGCUGCCUUCGCUUGGCAAAACCCUCAGAAACAGCUACUCGACUGACAAUAAGGAGGAAUCCUCACAAGGAAUCGGGCAGAAGGCAAGAUCAACAGCCGAAGAGUUUUGCCGGCAAGCAAAAGAAAAGACUGAAAAAAACAGUGAGACUGCCAAGGAGGUUUGGGAGGAUGCAAAGGAAGCAGUUGCAGGUGAGACACAGCAGGACAAGAAGCCCAAAGAGAAAGUUGACAAAGGGAAAUUAUGAUAAGAUAGGUCGCGAGUAAUACUCCCAAUUCCAUCAGUGAAUACAAGCGAGGAUAAUGUAAAUGCCAAGGUGCAUGAAUCUAUCUACGUCGUUGUUUAGUGUUUUUCUUCGAUUGUGUGGUGAGACUACCUGCCUUCAUCCAACAUAGGAUCGUUUUAUGUUAUGUGGCAGAAAAUAAUUUGUUCAGUGUGUUUAUUGUAUCAUGUUUGGUGAGACCAUCUUCCUUAUUUUUCAUGUAAAACCAAAUAAGAUUGUGUGAUAAAGACAUUUUGUUCUGAAGUGUUUCUUGAACAAUUUCUGGGGAGGUUGCUUCCUAGCUUCUAUGUCAAAGCAAUAAAAUUGUAUGAAA